AUGUCCCAACCAUCCCAAGACGAACCAACCAAUAGGUCCACGUCACCAACCGGCCCGCCUCAGCCUCCAACCAAUGUCACCAACAUCGACGACCCAUCGCAUCCAUUGUUCCACCAUCGACGCUCUGUAGGCGAUUUCACCUACGGUGAUGUUCUGGGAGAAGGCAGCUAUUCAACGGUUCUGUUGGCUCGCGAUAAAAAGACGGACAAACAGUAUGCUAUCAAGAAACUUGACAAGGCCCACAUUGUGAAAAAUGACAAGGUCAAAUAUGUCAUGAUUGAACGUGAUGCUUUGUCUCGCAUGAACCAUCCCGGCAUUGUCAAGCUGUACUGGACCUUUAAAGAUAACCGCAGUUUAUACUAUGUACUCGAUCUUGCUCCUAACGGCGAACUGUAUACUUAUAUCCGAAGACUGGCUCCAUUUAGCCUAGAAACGGCCCGAUUUUAUGCGGCUGAAAUUGUCCUGGCCCUGGAACAUAUUCACAGUAAAGGCGUUGUGCACAGAGAUAUUAAGCCUGAAAACAUUCUUUUUGACGAGCAUAUGCACAUCAAAAUCACGGAUUUCGGUUCGGCGAAAAUUCUGCAGGACAAUCAGGAAGAAACACCUUCCCAGUCCAAUGCACGAUCGUUUGUCGGUACGGCAGAAUACGUCUCGCCCGAAUUGUUGCGCAGUGAUCCAACUUCUAAAGAGGCCGACUUAUGGGCUUUGGGAUGUGUCAUUUUUCAAAUGAUUUCCGGCAAAUCGCCAUUCAAGGCCGCGACGGAUUAUCUCAUUUUUCAAAAGAUCAAAAAUUUAGACUAUACGUUUCCUGAAGAAUUCCCACCGGUCGCUCGUGAUCUGGUAGAGAAACUACUGGUGCCUGAAGCCAGUCAACGAUUGGGAGCGGGUAAUAUCGAUCUCUUGAAACAACACCCUUUCUUUGAAGGUGUGCCAUGGGAUACAUUAUUCGAGAGUCAGGCGCCUCCUUUGAAGGAGCAGUUGGCAGAAGAAUUGCGAAAGCAUCCUCCGGCGCCAGAAAUCGAGGAUGACAAUGAUAUGGACAUUUGGUUUGGAGAAGAGAAUCCUUUCAGUGAUGCGGCCGCGCCGCAAUCCAAUCCAGAGCCCAAAAUGAAUAUGACCGACAAUUAUGCUUCAGAGCCAGGCAUGCCAGACAAUCGACGAUCACAUUCCACGCCAUACGAUGGUUCUUACAGUCCUGCACGAGCAUCAUUGGAUCAAUCUUCUGUGACACGAAGCUCCACCUCUGAUCGUCCUCGCGACGAUUUGAAUAAUCCUUGGUAA